AUGGCCGUAAAAUUAAAUACUCUAGCUGCAAAGGAAUCGCUGAUAUACAGCAAUAGCAGGAGUUUUAAUGGAUUUGUAGCUAAAUUUUUAGAUGAAGCAGCUACAAUACUUGGAGGUGAAGAGAUGGAAGACGUUGCCACAGUAACGGACUGCUGCAGCUUCAUACAAGAAGAUCAUGGGACUUCCUGGGAUUACCUCGGUCCCAUCAAAAUCAUCGGAGUGCGAUACUAUAAUAGCCAAAACUUUUACGAUACUACGGACAUCAUACCUCUGAGGGACUCAGUCGGACAUGGGACUCACACAGCCUCCAUUGCAGCAGGUAGAGAAGUGGCAGGCGCAAGUGUCUUUGGCUUGGCUCAAGGAAUUGCAACGAGUGGAAUUCCUAAUGCAAGAAUUGCUGUGUACAAAGUUUGCUGGGCAAUGGGAUGUAGCAUUGCAGAUAUCUUGGCUGCUUUUGAUGAUGCAAUUGCUGAUGGAGUUGAUAUCAUAUCAGCUUCUUUUGGGAUGUCUGCAGCUUACACCUUCACAGACCCGGUUGCAAUUGGAUCCUUUCAUGCAUUAAAGAAAGGGAUUUUGACCAUAACUGCUGCAGGGAACUAUGGACCUCUUCGUGCUUCUAUCAGUAAUGUCUCACCUUGGCUACUUACUGUGGGGGCUAGCACUAUUGACAGGAAGUUUGUGACUCAAUUGGCUCUUGGAAAUGGAAAAACCUUCAUGGGGAGUGCUAUCAAUAACUUUGAUCUUAAAGGAGACAUGUUUCCCUUGAUUUGGGGAGGAGAUGCUUCAAACUAUCCAGUCAAUGCAAACUCCGAAACAUCAAAAUACUGCAAUGCUGGAGAUUUCGAUUCACAGAAAAUAAAGGGGAAAAUUGUUCUCUGUAACUACCGAUCAAACGAUGCUGGCAUUCUCCAUACAGAUGGAGUCGGAGUUGUAAUGCCUUUUCAAUCUGUUGACGAUCCUGACUUCUUGUUUCGCAUUGCAACAACACUCAUCAGUCCAGAAGAAAUUCCCAAAGUACCGGACUACAUUAAGACUUCCAAGAAUCCAAAGGCAACUAUUCUAGUUAUUGAAACAUGGAAGGAUCUAUACGCACCAUAUGUACCCUCUUUUUCAUCCAGAGGACCUAACCUAAUGGUGCCUGAUAUUCUGAAGCCUGAUCUGAUUGCUCCGGCUGCUGCUCACCCACGCUGGUCUCCUACAGCAAUUAAAUCUGCACUUAUGACCACAGCAUACGUUGUGGACCCAAAAAAGCACGAAAAUGAAAGAGAAUUUGCUUACGGGUUGGGUCUCCUCAACCCAACCAAGGCAGUUGAUCCUGGGCUAGUUUUUGAUGCAUCUGAGAAAGAUUAUGUUGACUUUUUUGCAAACAAAGCUACAACACCACCACGGUAA